CGCAGAUUUAUUCAGAGCGUUCAUUUUAACGCUUGUACUUUGCAGUGCUAGUUUAAGAAACGUUUCGUGUGGAUUUUACUUUAAAAGUCUCAAAACGUAUGUAAUAUAAAAUGGCUGAAAGUUUUGGAUUUCAUAACACCACAGCAUCCCACUGUGACCUCGCAAACAAUACCAACAUAACGUCAAGUGGAAAUGCUUCUUACGGGUUUGGCGGUUAUCAUCCGUCAGUGCUUUGCAAGUACGCGUUUUGCGAGAACAGAGUCGAGAUGAACAUAUUUUCAAUCUGCAAGGAGAUCUAUUACGAGACGUGGCGGCUGGUUGACUCAGAGCGGCAGCUGUCUCUUGCAGUUCCAGCCUUAAGCAAAGUUAUACUCUCCGUUCUACAAGUCGCUAUUUUUAUAAUGUCUCUCUGUGGAAAUUCACUGGUCGUUCUAACGUUUAUAUUCAACAAACACAUGCGUUCCGUUACAAAUGUUUUCAUCCUGUCUCUUGCGGCUAGUGACCUCACAGUAACGUGCACGUGUAUCCCUCUCAACAUCUGCGGUUUGUUGCGUAACGUCUGGAGCUUUGGACAGUUCGGGUGCAAGAUGAUGCCUUGUAUCACGCAGUUCUGUGUUACCUGCAGCACGUUGACGCUGUGCUGCAUUGCGUUUGACAGAUAUUACGCGAUCGUGUAUCCUCUGAAAUUAAAAGUCUGGCAGACGACACAGCGAGCGACAGUUCUACAAGUGGUUGUUUGGGUGACGUCUGCACUUACGUCAAUUCCGUACGCGUUUUUCUACGAAACCACGGAAUUGUCUUCCUGCGCGGAAUUCGGAGCGGAAACCAAGGUUGUCUGCAAAGCGGAGAAUCUUAGAUACUUCCGGGAAGUCAUGGACUCGUGGGUCUCACUUCCGGUACUUUUCAUCGGCCCCUUUAUAUUCAUAACAAUUCUUUACACGAUCAUCUGUUACAAGCUCUGGAUGCAGCGACCCAUCGGGGCGUCAAGGAAAACGUUCGACGGCCGUCUUAAGUUGAAGCAGAAAGCAAUCAAAAUGUUGGUCGUCGUCGUCGUUAUUUUCGCAACGUGCUGGAGUCCGUUGUUGUUGUUUAAUGCGAUCGCGGAACGCAGUCUCAUGAAAGCGAACCAAUUGAACAUGGGCGUCAGACGCUACCUGCAGUGUCUCGCCAUAAGCAGCACGUGCUGGAACCCGCUCGUGUACGCGUUCAUGAACGAGAAAUUCCGGCGCGCGUUCCAGACGCUUAUCACGUGCCGCAAGGGUCGUGUGCAUCCGCUACCUGCACGGAGGAACACGGCAUGUCUGUCCAUUGAGAGCCGUAAGACAACUUCGCAGUUAGAAGCAGUACUUCCGGUAGGGACGGAGGAAAUCUCAGAAACCAAGGCGUGAAAGUACUGUCUGAGUAUAAUGGGAAACACCAUUGACUUAAAAAUAUCUCAUGUACCGGGUAUAUUUCAAAACAGGUUGUUACUUUUAUUUAAGUGAUGAAUUACGAUAUGCUUGUAUAUAUUAUUAUGUGUAAGCUUUUACAAAGCAUUUUCCGUGGAAUAAUUCACUUUAGAGCUUUAACAUGAACUCCCGAUGAAAAAAUGCUGGUUUUUGAGUUGAUAAAUAAUUUAAGAUAUUUCUUUAAUAAACAGUAUGUCAUUUUCGUUAAAUCUGUACUGAUAUAAUGUUAUUUUACACUUUCACGCAAAUAUGUUUUAUAUCCGUGAGCUUUAUAUGAAAAAAACUGCUGUAAAAUUGUAAGAAAGAUGAAGCUUAUAUAUUGAGAUAUUCCAACAUGUUUAAAUUACCAAAUACGAUUUCAACCAUUUAAAAAAAAACAUGAUCAAGAAACGUUUUGAUAAAAGUCGACAUAUUUUUUCCAGAACAAAAUCUUAAUCUUAAUUAAGUGUGUUUUAUUAUAAAAACGAUGUUUAAAAAAAUGUCUUGUUAAAAUUUGUGUUAAUGCUCUAUAUUAAAAUGAUUUUCUUUAUUUUUAAAUCAAAAAAUAAUAUUGUAUGAAGCACACAUGAUCUAAAUCUUCUUUUUGAAAAAUGUAUUUAGUUGUCAGUGUAGGUUUAUUGAAACGCUAAAAAAUAUUAUUGUUUUCUUGAUCCAAUAUCUUAACUUCAAUUUGCCGGUAUUAAAUUCUUUACCGUAGUAAAUGAAUCGACUUUCUAUUCAGGAAAGUGGUUUGUUAAAAGAUCGCUAGGUAUGCAAGAAUUCUCAAUCAUUUAGUUGAUGAACUUUGUGAGAUAAAUAAUUCAAUAUUUCCAUUCGAUGCAAAAUACCAGCAGAUCGUGCUUAAAUGUAAUUGCUAUAAUUUUGUAACCUAAUAUAUAACAUUACGAUAAUAAUCAUGUAGACCUCCGUUUCAAAUUGGUUGCUGGCUUAAUAUCUUCCAACGCAUUUGCUUAACGUGGUAGAAACCACCUCCUUGCAAGUUUUAGCCUCGCGCUAUGAAAACGAGGCUGAAUGAAUGUUUGUAAAUUGUCGUCCGAGAUAAGCCGUGCAGUCCGAAAAGGCUCCUCAGAGACGCCACAUUUCGCCUAGACUGGAUUUUCAUUUAGAAAAAAAAUCCUUCCAAACGAAAAAAAAUCCAUAAAAGAGAAUGUGUCGUUCCUGAUUAACCUGAGCGGAAUGCACAGUCUAAUCUAGGACGACAAGUUACGGACAUGCAUUAAGCCCCGUUUUUUCGGAGCGCGGCUGAACUUGGUCGUGGUUAUCUACACAGAGUGUUGACCGAGUGGUUAUCUACACAGAGUGUUGACCGAGUGGUUAUCUACACAGAGUGUUGACCGACUGAUACGAAUGACGAGUCCCAUCUGUUGAGGAAACUAGUUCACCAGCCGUUGCUGUAGUAAUGGUGUUGGAUCUCAAGUAUUAUUAUGAGAUCAAACAGACAAUCGGACGGUCUUGAAAAUGUAGGUUAAUGCAUAGGUGCGUCUUAUCAAAUACUGCGCGAACAAAGCUUGUUUGUAAACUCCCAUAUUGUUUAUUUUGGACUUUGGUAGAAUACUUGUUAAUUGUCAUACUUGUUUAUUAAAAUUAAAAUGAGUUGAUCUUUUGCCAAUAUUGAAUAACACUGCUUUAUUGCCCUUCGCUUUUAAUGGGCGUGUUGACAAACAU